AUGUUGAGGAAUCUUAAUAAAAUAUACAUUCUAUUCUGUGAAUAUUCAACAAGUAAAUUUCCAUCAAAAUCUUCGACAAAAUUAGAAAGUCUGAGGAAAAGAUUAAAUCAAGAUGUUAAGACAUCCAUACUCACCGACUCGUUUGGUCGUUGUCAUACGUAUCUUAGAAUAUCUUUGACAGAACGAUGUAACUUAAGAUGUACAUAUUGUAUGCCCGCUAAUGGAGUUACACUCACAAAAAAAGAGAAUAUUUUAAGCACCGAUGAGAUUAUUAAGUUGGCUGAUCUUUUCAUUAAAGAAGGCAUUACAAAAAUUCGUCUAACUGGAGGAGAACCAACAGUGAGAAAAGAUAUUAUCGAUAUUGUAGCACAACUCAAAAGUCUUAAGGGAUUAGAAACUCUUGCCAUGACAACAAAUGGCAUUGCAUUAACUCGAAAAUUACCAGCGCUUCAGAAAGCGGGUUUAGAUUUAUUGAAUAUCUCUCUGGAUACUCUAAACCAUAAACGUUUUGAGAAAUUUACGCUUCGACGUGGCUGGGAUAAUGUGAUGGCUUCUAUCGAUUUAGCAAUUCAAUUGGGAUAUAGUCCAGUGAAAAUCAAUACAGUUGUAAUGAAAAAUUUCAAUGACGACGAGCUAUUAGAUUUUGUAGAACUAACGAAACAUAAAAACAUUGAUGUUAGAUUUAUUGAAUAUAUGCCUUUUUCAGGCAAUGAAUGGAAUACUAAGAAAAUGAUAUCAUUUUCCGAGAUGAAACAAAUUAUAAGAAAAAAAUUUCCUGAAUUUCAAAAACUUCCCAAUAAACUGAACGACACAUCCAAGGCUUAUCGUAUUCCUGGAUUCGUAGGUCAAGUAGGAUUUAUUACUUCUAUGAGCGAACAGUUCUGUGAUUCUUGUAAUCGUUUGAGAAUUACAGCCGAUGGAAGCCUGAAAGUAUGUCUUUUUGAAGGUAAGGGGGAAAUUUCAUUACGAGAUGCCUUAAGAAGCGGUGCUUCUACAGAGGAAAUGAGGACAUUAAUACAUAGAGCAAUAUUUAAAAAGAAAAAACAACACGCAGUUAGAAGAUGUGAGAAAAAUGUUAUUGUACCUGCAAAGCUAGCAUAUCGUAAUGGAAUUUCAUUGAAUUCGUUAAUCAAUCUGGCUCUUUCAACUCACUGGAGUAAGCAAGAUUAUAGAUUAUAUUCAUCACUGACACACGUAGAUAAUAAUGGUAAAGCAGCGAUGAUCGAUGUAGGAUCAAAGAAUCCUAGAAGUCGUAUUGCCACUGCCAGGGGAUACGUUCAUAUUGGACCAGUACUUACUAAAUUAAUCAUGGAGAACAAUGUACGGAAAGGUGAUGUGUUAACGAUAGCUCAGUUAGCUGGAAUAAUGGCCGCCAAAAGAACAUCGGAAUUAAUACCGCUCUGUCAUCCAUUGAUGAUAAAUUGCGUGAGAGUAGAUUUGAAGGUGAACGAGGCUUUGAAAAGAGUUGAAAUAUUGGCUGAAGUGAAUUGCGAUGGGAAAACUGGCGUUGAAAUGGAAGCACUAAUGGCUGUGAGCGUUGCAGCUCUAACCGUGUAUGACAUGUGCAAAUCAGCAGUGCCUUCGGAUACAAUGCAUAUAUCGGGUGUAGAAUUAGUCUCAAAGGUGGGGGGUUCCAGGGGCGAUUUUCAUCGCCAAUGACAUUAUAAAUACCAACAAGGCAUUUGACAAUACUUAUAUACCUAUUUUGAAUGAAGAUUUAGAAUAAAUUUUAAUUAUAUACAACAAACAUAAUA